AUGCCAAAAGGAUACGCACUCACGCUUGAGCAGCGUGGAUCUAUCGUGGCUUUUCGCAAGGCCAAACUCAGCAUUCGCCGGAUUGCCGACGAGCUUGGUGUGUCCAAAGGAGCUGUUUGCAGCUACCUAAGGUCGCCUGAGACUUAUGGGACUCCCAUUCGUGCUGGACGACCUGCCAAAUACGAUGCCAGGGACAAAAGACGCGUCCUUCGUCUUGCAUCUGAAGGACGAUCCAGCUCAAGUAGGAUUAAACAUGACCUAAAUCUUACUUUUUCGACUCGUACGGUCCGUCGAAUCUUGUCCAAUGCACCGCACCUCAAGUACAAGAAGCGCAAAGCAACCCCUCGACUCACGUCAGCGCACAAGAAGGCUCGUGUGGAGUGGGCAAAGUCUCACGUUGACCUUGGUCUCGGCUGGAACCAAGUUGUCUUUUCCGAUGAAAAGAAGUUCAAUCUGGAUGGCCCUGAUGGCCUCCAGUACUACUGGCAUGAUCUCCGUAAGGACGAGCAGACGUUUUUGAGCCGUCAAAAUGGUGGGGGCGGCGUCAUGAUUUGGGCCGGAUUUUCAAGUCAAGGUCGGACGGAAGUUGCGGUCCUCCAAGGCCGCCAAGACUCCUAUGCCUACUGCGACACGGUGGCAAAUUAUCUGCUGCCCUUCGUCCAUGCCCAUCACCCUGAUGGGUUUGUAUUUCAACAAGAUAAUGCGAGCAUUCACGCCAGUCAAGAAACCACGGCGUUUUUGGCGGAACAAAAUAUUCCUCUUUUGAGCUGGCCUGCGCUUUCGCCUGACCUAAACCCCAUCGAAAAUGUUUGGGGAUGCCUGGCCCGCAAAGUUUAUGCCAAUGGAAGGCAGUUUGGCUCCGUUCAAGAGCUCCAGUCUGAGAUUUUACGUCAGUGGGAUGCCAUUGACGAAGAGCUCUUCCACAAGCUUAUUGCAUCCAUGAAAUCGCGCUUGAUUGCCGGUGACUCUCGUUCCCACGCUGCGGCGGACGCGGGUUUGUCCAAGAGGCGCAACCGCAUAAAGCUAUGCGGUCGCGCAUCACGGACAAGAGUCCGCAGCAACAAUUACACUCUAUAA